UAAUAAUCCCUCAUUUCUCGGUGCACCUCGGUGGCAGCAGUCCGCGAAAUUUCCAGUAUGCACGAACAGGAGCAGAGAGCUGCUUCCUUCACACCCAGCGGGACUCACGCAACUUUCUGACUCUACUUCACGCUUCUCCUCCAUCUUUUUCUUUUCUUCACCGCAACACCUGACGGAUGUUUAACUCUUAUCACAGCACCUUUUAUUUUUAUCGCUGCAGUUUAAAGUGAGCCGGGCUGAGCUGAGGGAGGGCUCAGACUGCCCCUCGCAGAAAAUAAGCGCUGUAAAAUGUGAGGUAUGUGCACAGCGUCCUGCUGCACGAGCUGCCUCAGUCCAACGUGAGAACACUUCAUCUUGAAAACCUGAAUGACCAUGGACAUGAUGAACUUCAAGAUACAGUGCAUUCUAGUCUUCUUCACUUUUUAUGUGCAAGACGGAUUAUCGAGGGAAUAUGAAGCAAAGCUGGGAGCAAAUAUCCUUCUGCAGAGAGCGAGACGUCAAAGCAAACCAACGAAACCAGUGCUGAAGGUGACAGACUACCAUGUGAGGUGUUCGGUGGUGUCCCGCUACGCUGUCACAACCAUCCAGAGUUCAGUAUGGAACCAGCUCCCCAUCACCAAAGAGGCUGCCUUUGAGGUGGACCUGCCCUCCUCUGCUUUCAUCUCCAACUUCACCAUCACCUCCAACGGCAAGGUGUAUGUGGCCCAGGUGAAGGAAAGAGCUGCUGCCAGGAAAAUUUACGAUGCUGCUAAGAAGCAAGGGAAAACAGCCGGACUCGUUGCCACCAAAGAGAGGGAGAUUGAGAAGUUUCGUGUGGCAGUGAGCGUGCCGUCAGGAGCUCGGAUGUCCUUCUCCCUGUCCUACGAGGAGCUGCUGCCUCGUCGACUCGGCCGCUACGAGCUCAGUUUGGGUCUGAGGCCGGGACAGCUUGUGCACAACCUCACGUUAGAUGUCACCAUAAUGGAGCGGACGGGCCUCAGUUUCAUCAAAGCCUUUCCUCUCAAGACAAGCCGACUGCUCUCCAACACUGCUCAGGGUGAUGCAGAGGCUCCUCCCUCCACUCAUGUUGAGCGGAGCACCUGCUGUGCUCGAGUUCGCUACGGUCCCACUCUGCAGCAGCAGAACAGCAUCUCCCCCAAAGGUCUGAACGCAGACUUCAUCAUUCAGUAUGAUGUGGACCUCAGAGACCUCAUGGGUGAAGUCCAGGUGUAUGACGGCUACUUUGUGCAUUACUUUGCACCCAGAGGACUUCCUGUAGUUCCUAAGGAUGUUAUAUUUGUCAUUGACGUCAGCGGCUCAAUGAUAGGCACUAAGAUCAAACAGACCAAGCAGGCCAUGGGCACCAUUCUCGGAGACCUUAGAGAGGGAGACCACUUCAAUAUCAUCACCUUCUCAGACAAAGUUCACACCUGGAAGAAAGGACGAACAGUGCGGGCGACUCGGCAGAAUGUGCGAGACGCCAAGGAGUUUGUGAAGAGGAUUAUUGCAGAAGGAUGGACUAAUAUCAACGCAGCUCUUCUCUCAGCUGCCCAGCUCGUCAACCCUUCCUCUGCCUCCUCCAACCACCUCUCAUCCCGUCGUGUCCCUCUGGUAAUUUUCCUAACCGAUGGAGAGGCAACCAUCGGAGUGACAGCCGGUGACACCAUCCUUGUCAACGCCAAGAAAGCUUUGGGCUCCGCCUCUCUGUUCGGCCUUGCCUUCGGAGACGACGCAGACUUCCUCCUCCUGAAACGCCUGGCUCUGGAUAACCGCGGCAUCGCUAGGAUGGUGUACGAGGAUGCAGACGCAGCCUUGCAGCUGAAGGGCUUCUAUGACGAAGUCGCCAGCCCUUUGCUAUCAGACAUCCAGCUGUCUUACCUGGACGAUCAGGCGUUUGACAUCACGCGCUCCCUGUUCCCGAACUACUUCCAAGGCUCGGAGCUAGUGGUGGCUGGGAGGGUCAAACCAGGGGUCAAAGAUUUAAAGGUGUUGAUGUCUGCCACUGAUUCAAAGCAACGUGUCAAACUGGAGAACGAUGUGUUGAUUUCACAGGCAAAGGGGAAUGGGAGUGCAGAUUUACUAGACUGUUCAGGAAGCUUGGAAGGAAUCUCCAGCUUUGUGCACCGUCUCUGGGCGUAUUCCACCAUCAAAGAGCUGCUGCUGGCCAAACUGAACGCCACUGACCCUGCAACUCAAAGGCUACUGACAGAAAAGGCCACCAACCUGUCGCUCAAAUACAACUUUGUAACACCAGUCACUUCUUUAGUUGUAGUCAAGCCAGACGCAGAUGAAGCAGCUCAGAAUCCAACCACUGUAAAACCCACCACCGCGGCCACUAUAACCACGACCGCAACGACUACCGCCACCACCAAAAUAUCAGCUGCUGGCGCUGCAAAGAAGCCCGGCAUACCUUCUAAUUCCAGGCCUAACAAAGCAAAGCCAGACCCUCCUCAGCCCCCUCCAAAGCAAACAAAAAAAAUCUCAACUUCCACAGUGAAAACAGUUUCACCAUCCAAGAAAACCACAACAACAACAAGUCCCACCUCCGUCAAAACCGCCCCGGCUCCAUUCUCCGGUAAAAAGCCCACUCCUUCCCAGAAUGAAUCCAAAAUUGCCUCCCCCCCUCCUCCUUCGCCUCCUCCUCCUGCUGCUGGUAAGAUCCCCACCUCUGUGCUUAACGCUCUAAAAACAGCACCACCUCCUGCACCUGGAAAAGUCUCCACCCCCCAGCCCAGCGCCUUGAAAACAACCGCUCCCUCACCCACCACCACAGUGUUAACAUUCACCACACCUCCGCUCAGCUCAGUCAGAACCAACCCUGCUCCUCUGCCUGGGAAACCCCUCACCCCACAGCCCAGCACAGCGAGGACGCCCCUCCCUCCUGUCAAAGUGACAGUCCCCUCCACAGAGGCAGAGAAAACUACCACAUCUGCUCCAGAUGUGCCUGAACGCACCACAGCUCUGCCCGAGCUUCUCACCUCUCCCACCCCGGCACCGGCUCCGACCGUGGACGACAACAACACAGACCUGAGCGUCGCCACCUUUGUGUCGGCCACCUUUGCUCCCAUGCCUGGUGUGACAGAUGGGCCACGUCUGUGGGAAGCAGCAGGGCUUCUGGAUGUCUCCACUUUCAUUCAGAGAAAAGAUAUCGACCUUGUGAAAGACUAUGAUGCAACCUAUGACUACGACUACGAUCUCAACUAUGAUGCCUGGGAUGAUACUCCAGACACAGGGUCAUUGGAUGGUUCUGCGUCCAGACUGAGCACCAUCCGGAUCUUCUCCUCAUCAGUUGAUGGAGAUCCUCAUUUUGUGGUCCAGCUGCCGAAACUGCAUCAGAACCUUUGUUUCACAGUAGACGGCAGAGCUAAUGAUGUUCUCAGACUGUUAGAGGACCCAGAGAGAGGGAUCAUCGUCGACGGCCACCUGAUGGGUGCUCCCUCCAAGCACGGUGCAGAAGAGCGCUCCCGAACCUACUUCGACCGGCUCACCAUUUCCUUACCCACAGGCGGCUCUGGUGACAUCAUGAUCACCCUCUCACUGGACGCCGUAGUGGUGGAAGGGGAAGGGCGGGAUAUGCUUCCCACCAACCAGCAGGGAUCGGUGAUGAGGCAGGGCGUUACGGUCACUAUGGACAACCAUCGGAGCUGCUGGAUCGAACUGGCCAAGGAUGUGCGCUUCCUGGUUCUGUUCCACCACUAUAAACACCCCAGCUACCUGCAGAUGGCUCAUCUGGGUUUCUACAUCACAGACGGACGGGGGCUGUCUGCUUCGACCCAGGGCCUGCUGGGCCAGUUCCAGCACACUGACAUGACGGUAACAGCGGUGAAGGAUUAUCUGGAUGGAGGCGCUCACAAUGAGGCGGUCUCAGCCAGGGGCAUCCUGAGGUGGGGGUCGGAGCACAUGCCGGUCACCUUGCAGGACAAGACGCUGAAAGACACGGUGCGGAAACGCCACAUGGGCAAGUGUUGGGUUGUGCCCAAGGCAGACAUAGAGAGACUACUGGGUCAUCCAUACGAGAGCUACGUGGUGGAUCAUGUGUAAUUCUAGCUCCAGUCUGCUCCACCUUGUCGCCUCUCUGCUGCACAGCUCAGGUCACAGCGAUUAUUACGACACGGUUAUUGGACAAAGGAUGAGCAGGAAGCAGAACUCCAUGAGGCUAAAAUGACACAUUGUCUAACAUUCUGUAAGGAGUGGUGGAGCACAGGUGUGGGUACAAAAGAGGGAAAGCUGCAUGUUAAACAGUGAUGAGGAAGUAUGGUUGGACAGAUAGAGUGACAGACUGAACGAUGCUGUUGUUCCCCCGUCAGUGAAUUUGACUUGGAUUCAGGCUCUGUGUUGUGUAGCUAUGACAGAGACGCUAUGUUCUCCUGUUCGCAUGGCAACCACAAAAUGUCCAUUUGUGCUGCAGCAGUUUGCGCUCGCUCCAAAAUGUCCUGCACACCAACUCUGUUUUCGACUUCAAAGACAAAGUAUUCCUCAUGAUUAUUAAGCAGAUCUUUGUAAUUAUUAAAACUGUAUCAUUCUGUAAGUUGUAUUUUUUUAGUAAAAGUGUAUAUAAAAUAUUAAUGUAUGUAUGUAAAGAUAAUCCUCCCUCAAAGCAAAGCUGGGUGUUGUCACUGCAUCUUAGAGGAGACACAAAACAAGACGAGGGUCUUUCCAGGUUUGCCAUGUGCUUUUUAUUUUUCUAUCAUUUCAUUCAUAGUUUAAUUCAUUUUAUUUGUUACACAAGACAUUAGGCAUUGUUCACAUACUAGUGAUCAAACAAGGACAGUAAGUUUUCUACUACUCAGCCUGAACUAUUUCUUUUGUCAAUUUCAAGGGAUAUUGUCAAUAGUGGUUUCCAAAAGGCCAAACUGGAUGGAAAUUAAAACAGUACAACCACACAAGAGGCUUUUUUUCUCAAUAAAUAAAAAAACAAACAGAGAGAGGAGAGUAUCUGAUGCUGAGGGAGGGCGGGGGGAGGGAGGGCUUCAGAUAUAUCUAUGUUCAAAGAGUAAACAGUAUUCCAGUUUUAUCAGAUAAUUCCAGGAUGAAGAGCACACACAAUGUUGAAUGACGCACAGUGUGAAAACCGUUGUGAACUGAACACACAGCUGUAGAGAGUUUCAGCUCCGCCACUGACUUGUUGCUGUUUUCCUUCCAUCAAAACCUGUUUCUUAGGAAUGCUAAUAAUCAUAUUAAAGUAUGAUGCAACACUGGAAUGAUCACUGAAUAAGGUGACACAGCAAAUAACAAACAAAAACAAAAAAAAAAGAAUUUAGAUGUGCAUCACUUUUAAAAUCCUUUUUUCUUCUUAAAUCAUCAGAACAUAAUCUAAGAGCAUAGCAAUAAUCAGCAUUUGACAUAAAACUUUCCACGAUACGUCAGUGAAAUUCAAAUAAAUAGAGCAUAACAAUAAGACACGUCAACACCCCAAACACGCCAUGACUUUGUUUAGAGUUGUUAAGGGAUUUGUCGUGGUGGAUAAAGCGAGAUGCCUCGGGUGUUUUGUAGAAAGCGAUCGGAGCGUCUCAUCUGUUUGUUGUCGAUGUGUAACGAGCCGCAGAUUGAUCAGGCUGUGAGUGAGUGUGAGUGCGCCGCAGAGAAACGAGGAGCUGCCUCCACUCAGGUGUACAGUGACAGCCCUGAUAGAAAACAAUAUCCCUUCUGUAGUAUUCACUCAGAUCUGCAGAGCAACGUACACCACAAAAAACUGCACUUUCAACAUUGUCAGCAACUUUUGCCAAUAAUAGCGACACCAUUUUUGGCACUAGACUGACCUGCUGCUGACGGUUAGAUGAAACGAAGCUUUUGAAAAGGGCCCAGACAUCUGACCCAGAAUUAAGGCUACAACCAAAUAAAAGCAUCUCGGUUCGUUCUGGUGGGGCGGCGCCUGUAACUGUGGCUUCACACCUUUUUGCUACAAAGUCUUAAAGUUACGGGAGUUUCCAGCUCUUUCCUCUAUUUAACAAUUUUUCAUAGGUUUUAGUCCCUAAGGGAAUGACUCGCCUAAAUGACAUACACAAGGGUUGAAACAACCAAGACACAAUCUGGUGCUUUCACUAUGAGCCGAAAUUUCAGUCUUCACCUUCUUCACUCAAAAGUGAAACUUUCCAAAGUCCAAAACGUUCCCCACAUACAUUCUUUACCCUGCGCCACAUUUCCUCACCUCUCAGCAAGUACAAGAUCAGUUUCAGUUUUCCUCACUCAUUCCCAAUCUUCCAGAAUACUUCAUAAAAAGUCUCCUAACACUAGAAAAAUCCUCUCUGUGCCUCUUUAGCUCCGUCCCUUUUUUUAAAACAUCCAACUUGAAGACCACAGUUUCAACCUCAGAUCUGUAAACUUCAUAACUUCAGCCAGUGAAAUGUGCACCAAAUAUAUAGAAAUAAAACUCUUCAAUAAUUUAAAAUGUUAGAAAGUAAACUAUUCAAAUUCAAAACUGACAUCACAGAACAGAUAAACAAAGGAACAGUAUUUUUUGGAGGGGGUGGGGUGGGGGUGGGUGACAGUUAAUAGCCACUGGUUAGCUUGCCUGUAUAGCACAGGGAACACAACAGCAUUGCAAAGUGAGCACUAUCAGUUGACAGAACAGCCCAUUUAUAUGUAAUUUUUCAUCACGUUGUAAUUUUUUUUUUUUUUUUUUU